AUGACUUUAGUUGCAGAAUGUGUACCUUCCUAAGGUAUCGAUUUCGGCUAUUGUGGAGUGUUUUAAACUGCCACCAGAUCAUUUACUCUUUAGAAUCCUCAUGCUAAUAUAGUUAAAUAUGAGAUUUUAACUGAUAACUGUCCCUUUUAGAUUAGCCCUUAGCAAGGUGUCAUAAUGGCAAAAUCUAAAUAAGAUAUUACGAUAUCAUUCCUUCCAGAAGAAGCCAAAGUAUUGAUUGCUUCAGCCGUAUUUAAAUUUACUGGGUCUGAAGAGGGAUCAAAGGUAUUAAAGUUAAGUGCUAUCGGAAAAUACCCAUUUUUGACAAUAAAUCAAGAAAGAUUUGAUUUUGAAACUCUUUUGGUUGGCAAGAUAGCUUCUAGAGAUGUAAUGCUUAAAAAUCAAUCACUAGUACCUGCUCAAUUCACAGUUGAAAAGAUUAAUGAUGAUGGAAAAGACGUUUCAUUUAGUAUAGAUAAUUACUCAGGUAUUGUUCCACCUAAUGCAUCAUUCAAAAUAACUGUCAAAUAUGUCCCCUCAAUUGUAGGUGUUACAUCAUGUGCCCAGUACAGAAUCAAGACAGUUGGUGGAAAUGAGUUAGUUUUCUCAUGCUUAGGAUAUGCUACAGGCUUUAAUGUUAAUUUAUCAAACAAAUCAGUUCAUUUCGGUGAAGUUUAAAUUGGAGGAAAUACUAAUAGACUUUUGAAUAUUAUCAAUGAAAGUGAUCUUCCAACAUCUUUCUAAUUUGUUACUGACAACAAGAAUGUUUAUUCAUUUUCAAAAGUCGAGGGAACAGUCAAUGCUAAAUCUUCUACAAGAAUCAUCAUUACAUUUAACCCUCAAUAAACAGUUAACUAUUAUGAAAGAGUGUUCUGUAUUGUAAGAAAUCAUUCGAUUCUUUAUGUAGAUUUGAUUGGAACUUGCUAUGAUAUUCUUACAAAACCUGUUCCUCUGAUGCAAAGACAUGUAGAUAUCUACAGGCAUAAAGUUAUUAUGGGUAUUCACAAUAAACCUAGGAGAAAUAAUGAGUUAGGAGAGGAUAAAUUGACAAUUACUGGAUAAGGAACUAGCUUUGAAGAGGAAAUAGAAAUUAAUCUUGAAAUACCAAUAGAUGAUCCAAAUCCAGUUGUGCUUCACAAAGAGAUGUUCUUAGAGAUGUAAUCAGAUAACAGAGAUCUUAGACUUAGAGACGAAUUCUUGGACUUUGCUUUCACUGAGUGUGGUAGACUAAGCGAAGGAAAAAUAAUCGUAUUAGACAAUAAAUAUCCAUUCGAAGUUAAUGUUAAUUGGGUUUUAUUGCAAGUUUAAAAUGCUACUAAUAACACUAUCUAGGAGAACCCAUUUAAAAUUAGUCCUCCACAAGCUAUCAUUCCUCCUAAUAGCUCUUUCUAGUUUAUGGUCAAAUUUGCUCCAAAUGAACCUGAUAGUUAUUUCUUCUAAAUAGCUUAAUGCUUUAUUCAAUUAAUGAAUGGUGCUAAUAAUAAAGUUAAGAAAAUGGCUUUAAGCAACUCAGUUGGUGCUCAUUCAUAAUCAAUGGCUUAAAAGACGAUCGGUAAAACUUUAUUAAGUACUCUUAAAAAGACUAAGUUUGAGGAGGCAUUAAAUGAAGAUCUUGACCCACCUACUUGUCUAAAUGUUAGAUUGGUUGGUCAUUCUUUCCCUCCAGGAUCAUAACCAUUCAUCCCUAUGGUAAAAAUUAGCCCUUCAAACAAAGUUACCUUCCCACCAGCUGGAGUUAAUGAAUCAACAUAUCAAACAGUUCAAAUAGUAAACACUAGUGAUACUCCUGUUUUCUUUAAAAUCUUGUAGGACUCAACUAAAACAUUUAGAGCUUAUCCAUUUGUAGGGAUGAUCUAAGGUAAAUCUUUCUCAUUGAUUUGCUUUGAGUUCCAGCCAAAGCAGGCAAGAUUUUACAAUUUUACUGCUCAAUGCAUGUUUAAUCACUCUGCUAGCAAUAUUCAAAGUAUCCAUUUGAUUGGUCAUUGCUAUGCUCCCUAAUUAAGUUUAGGAAACGGAGGAAAACUCUUUUUCCCUCCAACUUUUACUGGAGUUUCAAGCAAACAAAAGUUGUCAAUAAAGAAUGAUGCAAGGAUUCCCUUAGAAUUCGAAUGGAAAGUUCCUGAAAAGUACAAAACUGAGGUUAGUUUUGAACCAGCAAAAGCUUAUCUUUUGCCUAAUGAGGAAACAAAAGUUGUCUCUACUUUCACUCCUCUUAGAAAGAAAGAAUACAUUCUUAGCAUUCCAGUUUAUGCUACAAAUAUUAAUGACUACAUCAAGAAUCUUAUUGGGUUCUACAAUCCAGGAUCAGGACACAUGUAGAAAGCUAAUAAAACUAUUAUGAAUUAGACCAAAUCAAUCAAGGAUAUCACAGUUAGAUACGAUCUUGAAAUUAUUGGAGCUGGAAGUGAUGGAAUUAUUAGCAUAAGUCCCAAAGACUUAGAUUUUGGAACAAUUACUGUUGGAUUCAGUAAAACAUUAAGCGUCCAUGUUAUCAAUAAAAGCAAUUGCAAUCUUUAUAUCGAGCUGAAAAUGGCAUAAAAAAUUGAUGAGGAAUCCUAAAAAAGAGAACCAGAAUUACCUUAAAUGACUAAAAUCCUAGAGGAUUGUUUCAAAUUCGAUCAUCCAAAAGGUCUUCUCAAUGCAAAAUCAAAGAAGAAGGUUAAUAUAACCUUCAUGCCUACAUUAAGAUUUGAUUUUGAUAUUCAUCUUGUAUGCUUAGCUAGAGAAAAACCAACGAAAGAGGUACAAGCCAUAAAUACAAAGACUCAAAAGAUCUAAGACACUGUGAUUGAAAAAUCUUUCAUUCAGAUCCACGCAAUGGGUGAUUUCCCCCUUUUAAGGUUUACAGAUAUCAGAAACUAUUCAGUCAGCACUCCAAAUCUAUGGGAGAUAUAUCAUUUGACAAACCUAAAUAAAGAAUUAUUAAAUCCUCUAAAUGAGAGUGAAAUUGAGUUUAACAAUUCAGAUAAGACUAACCAAAGCAUUCAUGACCUUCAAAAGAAUCUCAAAAUAUUUACUUGGAAUUUCGGUAAGGUCCCUAUAAAGUAUGGGCCUAAACCAAGAAAAAUAACCCUGACUCUUAAGAAUAUCGGAGGAGUAAGAGCUGAUUGGUGCUUUAAAAUGCCUAAUGAUCAAGAAAUAGAAUUGGAGCCAUGGGCUGAUCCAGGAGAACCUAGUGACGAGUAAGCAUUUGAGAGGCACAUAUUAGAAAAUAAGAUCUUCUAGAUUGAACCAAGGAAAGGUGCACUAGAUCCGGGUCAAUAGAUGGAUAUUAAUGUGUACUACUAUCCAAAAGAGGUUAAAAUUCACUAUCUUAAGAUAUUCUUCUCCAUCUUGAACGGAAAGCCAUUAAUUAUAAACUUAUCUGGCUAAACACUUCAUAGAAGAGCCUAAUUACAACUUCUCAAAGACAUAUAUCAUCUUCCACCUGUUCCAAUCGGUCUUGAAUAUGCAGUUACUUAUCCUAUUGAAGUUAAGAAUCUUGGUAUUACAAAGCUUAAGUAUCAGAUUGACACCACAACUCUUGAAAAUCUAAACAAGCAAAACUUUGGAUUUAGAGUCUUUGACAUUUAAAAUCCUGAGGGUACUUUAAUGGCUAAUGAAACCUAAUAUAUCUAUACACUUUUCAGACCUCUAGAAGUCAAAGAUUAUAGUUUAGACUUACCAAUAAAGAUUAGUGACAUUGAGGGUCCAAGUACUGAAUCAUAUGCUCUCAAACUAAGAGGAGUCGGGUAUCACUUUGAAGACAAAAAACCUCUUGAAUUACCUUUUUAUGAAGAUCUUCCAAAAUGUAGAGCUAAUAUUAAUGAAAAUGGCUCAAUGGCUGCAUUCAGCAUUGAAGAGAUUGACUUUGGCGAACUUGAAAAAGGUGAGCUGUCUAGGAGAUUCGUGAUACUCUAUAACCUCCAUCCUACUCAAAAACUUAAAUUUGAGUUCUAUAAAUCAGGCUUGAUGUGUGGAGAUAACAUUAAGCUUGAGCCUAUGCAAGGAGAGUUAAAGCCAAACUCUCAUUAAAACAUCAAAAUGACUCUAAUCUCAGCUAGAUUCCCAACUCAUUUCGAAGGAGAAAUUUAAUGUGCGAUUGAAUGGGAGACUGAAGGAGAUGUAAACAAGCAAGAUCUCAAGAGUGUUCACACAAACAAUAUGGGAAGUGAUAGCUCGGAGUUCCUAUUCUUGAGACUUAGAAAGAGAUCAAAGAUUGUAAGGAUUAAGAUUAUUCAACUAUUUUAGACUAAAAUGCAACUAGGUGUUGAAAAUAGGGAUGGAGAAUCAUUGAUUGAGAACAUCUUGAAUGAAGCUAUUCACGAUAUUUUAGAAGGUGAUGAAAUUGAUAGAGUCUUUGAGGAUUGCUUCCAGAAACCUUCCAGUCUUGAACCAUAUCAUGUCAAUGAUGUUGAUCCUCCUAACUUUAAUGAUAUAGUGACCUAUUUCUAUGCUGAAGAGACUCAAUUCUAGAAUCAACAUAGCUCAAAAUACGAAGAGGAGCUUAAAUUAGUUAGCAAUAUGAAUGACCAAGAAAUAUUCAAAAAGAGAAUGUUUUUAGAAAAGCCAUUCGUUGAUCUCCUAGAAUUCAUGCUUGAAGACACUAUAUUCAACUUAAUGGAAGAAGCAACAUAUGAAGAAUUUGAUCUAACAUAGGCCCCCAAAAUAUAUAUUAGAAAAGAUGCUGAAUCAUCAAAAGCUAACAACUGA